AGGAGAAUUUAUGAGGUCAGAAAUUUGCACGUCAAUGUAUAUUUAAUUUAAAUAAUUAAGUCUAUAAUUUUUGUAAUCUUAAAGAUUCUGAUUUUUAAAUUUGUAAUUAAUUACGUGAUCAAUAUAUGAAAAUAAAUAUACACAUAUAUAUAUACAUAUGUUAAUACUAUUGAAUCUUUAAAUAAAGGCACUAACAAUUAAUUAUAUAAUUCGUUUUCAAUUUUCGUUUUCAGCUCUUCUUAUGGUAAAGAGAUUUGAAUAAUAUGAAUAAUAGAACUACAUUGACAAUAUAAGUUACGUACACAAUAAAAUUCUACGAUAAUGCAUUACAUUUUCAUUCGGAUAUUUAUUUAUAAAUGAGGUGACAUGACAUGCGCCAUGGAAAAUAGGACAUAGCAAUGGCUUAAAGAAGAAGAAAAGAGCAUUGUGCGCACACCACUAUUAUAUACUUCCGUUAUUUCGAUGCUCAAUACAUUUUGUUAUAUUUUUCGUAUGUUCAAAAAUUGUUUUUUAUCGUUUGAAUGUAACAUUUGUUGUUCUUUGAAGUACGUGCAAAUUAUAUACAUACAAAUGUCGUGUUUGAGAUUGCAAUUCAAAUGUCACCGAAGCAACAGAGAACCCGUACUCGAUUCAAGGUGAUAACUCCAUUUCGAUCACUGGUUCUCUGUGGGAAAAGUAAACAAGAAAUGGAAGAUUGGUUGAAUGCAUUAAGAACAGUAACAAAAAAUCAUACUCAGACAGAUUCUGGAAUUGCAGAAAUGCUUAGUGGUAAUCAUCAGUGGUAUGCAACAAGUCAUGCAAGACCAACUUACUGUAAUAUUUGCAGAGAUGCUCUUUACGGUGUUACUUCCCAUGGUUUAAGUUGUGAAAUAUGUAAAUAUAAAGUACACAAACGAUGUAGCAUAAAAGCAAUAAAUAAUUGCAAAUGGACCACAUUGGCAUCUAUUGGCAAGGACAUUAUUGAGGACCAAGAUGGGAACAUUACUAUGCCACAUCAAUGGAUGGAAGGCAAUUUACCAGUAUCCUCAAAAUGUUCUGUAUGUGAUAAAACUUGUGGCUCUGUUCUCAGGCUUCAAGAUUGGAGAUGUUUAUGGUGCAGAGCUACAGUACAUACAGCUUGUAGACCAGCCAUAAGUGUUAAGUGUCCAUUAGGAUCAGUUAAAUUGAGUGUAGUUCCUCCUACAGCACUGCAUAGUAUAGGUAGCGAUGAAGCUUGGGAAGCUACAAGACCUACUGGAUGCAGCCCACUUUUAGUAUUUGUAAAUAGUAAAUCAGGUGACAAUCAAGGUAUUAAAUUUCUUAGAAGAUUUAAACAAUUAUUAAAUCCAGCACAAGUAUUUGAUCUUAUAAAAGGAGGACCAGGACCAGGGUUAAGAUUAUUCCGUCACUUCGAUCCUUUUCGUAUAUUGGUAUGCAGUGGAGAUGGAUCUGUUGGUUGGGUUCUUUCUGAAAUUGAUCGCCUAGGAAUGCAUAAGCAGUGUCAAGUUGGAGUUCUACCAUUGGGAACUGGAAAUGACCUAGCACGUGUAUUGGGUUGGGGAUCUUCUUGUGAUGAUGAUGCUCAUUUACCCCAGUUAUUGGAAAAGUAUGAGAAAGCAGGCACAAAAAUGCUUGAUCGGUGGAGUAUUAUGACUUUUGAACGUAGCAUAUCUUUGCCAUGUCCUAAAAGUGUUUUAACUCAUUCUAAUACUACAUUAAAAUCUAGCAUUAUUCAUCAAUAUGAGGAUAAUGUUGUUACUCAUAUAACAAAUAUUUUAGAAUCAGACGAAGAAAAUGUAGUUUUAUCUAAUAUUAGAAUUUUAUGUGGCACAGUGAAAGAUUUUGCAACAUAUAUAUUGGAAAAUGUAAACUCAGAGGACCAACAAGUGGAAGAAAAAUGUAAAAUACUUCAGCAAAAACUUAAUUCAUUUUUAGAAAUAUUGUGCAAAGAGGAAGGAUAUCUAACUGAGCACUUAGAUGAUGCAGAUAAUAUUACUUUAAAUACUGAAAUUUCUGUUUCACCUGAUAAUUGUGAAAAAGGUGUAUUAGAAAAACCUGAGAAAGAUAUAACAAAUUUGAAAAAAGUUGAGAAAAGGAGACAACUUAUAGAAAAGGAAACUGUAAUUUCGAGAGCAAACAGUUUGAAAAGAAUUGUAAGAAAACUUGUGGAAUAUUCUCAUUUGGUUAUAGAUAAUCAGAUUAAUAUAAAUACAAAACAUGCUACUAAAAUAGGAAAUACAAAUAGUUCACUAGAAGAUGGUACUGUAUUAAAUUCAAUAUCAAAUAAAAGACAACAAUUGGAUAUCCCUGGUUUAAGAGUAGAUCACGUUGACAAUUUAUCUGUAGGACCAUUAAUAGAAUCUGUAAGAAGUGCAGAUAAUUCAACAUGUACUAGCCCAGUGCCUAACUUGGCAUCUUUGAGUCCAAUACCUGAUCUUAGGAGAGAUUCUCAACCAGAGGAAUUAUUGACAUUACCUGCACCUGAUGGUUUUGCUGAUAGUAGACGAAAUAGUGAAAAUUUACCGCAAGUUUCAUUUAACUUUCAACUGCCUACAGCUCAGUCUGUCUCUCUGGAUAAUGAGCAAGAAGCAGAAACACCUGAAUCUAAUGACCAACAAAUAUCUGACUCUAAUAACAUAGAUAUUUCUUCAGAAUUUCAAAUUAGUGUUACAAGAACUACUUUUGACACAAGUUCACCUUCGGAAGAUGGAACUACACAAGACAUUUCUUCUGACAUAGAUUCAAUUCAAUCACCAGAAGAACAUGAACAAAAACUUGAAAAUAAAACUAAAAUAGAAGUAACUAAAGGGUAUAUAGGUAGUGAUGCAUUUGAUUCUGAAAUUAGGCACAUUGAUUCUCCCGAUAAUUCAGAAAUGGUCACUAGUGAAAUACAAAAUUCUGAAAGUUUAAUAGGACAAGAUUUAACUAGUAUAAUAAAUGGAGAAGAAUAUGAUUCUGUAAGAGAAUACCUAGAAAAUGAAUUAGAAAAUACAGAUUUUACAAAUGAAAUUGCUAGGCGAUCAUUUAAAAGAUCAACAAAGAGUUCUACUGUUAUAGAAAUAGAGAACAAAAUUAAGUACAAAGUGGGAUCAAUAGGACAGAAUGUAAACGAAGCGAAUAAAUUUAAAGAUUCUCAAGAUGCUAAAGCAUCCGAUUUACUAAGCCCUGUAUGUUGCUUUACUGUAUCUUCGGAAACAACUCCAACAAACGAAAAACCUAAUAACUUUCCACCUACAAUAAGUGUUAUAAUUAAUCCUCCCAGUCCAUCAAUGUCGAUUGAAAGUCAGCACGAUUCAGAUGUAGAAUAUAAAAUGAAGCCUUAUUUAAGACGGCAGAUUGGUGAAAGUAUGGAAAGAUUAAGUGUAGAACUACCAGAAUCGGGUUUCUCUCCUCAAGCAACUCGUCGGAUUAGCAGCGGAAGUUUGUUAAAAGCGUCAGAAGUUGUUUCUUUAGCUGCUACAGCUGCAAAAUUUGGUGGUUCUAACGCAAGUUUACGUCACGAAAGAGUGAAAUCUGUUGAAAAAACAGAAGAUGUUAAAAAGCUGCCAAUUAUUAACCCAUUAGUUCGGUUACCCAUGUGGCCAAACGUCAGCGGUGGAACAGGACUUAUUAGUCAAGCAUUACUUGCAAAUGCAGAUGCACUAUGUGCUGCUGUAUCACCAUUAAUGGAUCCUGAUGAAACAUUAAUGGAAGGCUAUUUUGAACGCUGUGUUAUGAAUAAUUAUUUUGGAAUUGGCAUAGAUGCAAAAAUUAGUCUUGAUUUUCAUCAUAAAAGGGAAGAACAUCCUGAAAAAUGUCGUUCACGAGCAAAAAAUUACAUGUGGUAUGGUGUAUUAGGAUCCAAACAAUGGUUACAAAAAACAUAUAAGAAUCUUGAACAAAGAGUACAAUUAGAAUGUGAUGGUCAACGGAUACCAUUGCCUUCAUUACAAGGAAUUGUUGUAUUAAACAUUCCAAGCUUUAUGGGUGGUACAAAUUUUUGGGGAGGAACAAAAGAAGGAGAUUUGUUUUUAGCACCUUCAUUUGACGAUCGUAUAUUGGAAGUUGUAGCUGUAUUUGGUUCUGUUCAAAUGGCUGCAUCACGAUUAAUUAACUUGCAACAUCAUAGAAUUGCACAGUGUCAAACAGUUCAAAUUAAUAUUUUGGGUGAUGAGGGAGUACCUAUACAAGUUGAUGGUGAAGCUUGGAUUCAACCUCCUGGUAUUAUACGUAUUAUACAUAAAAAUCGUAUGCAAAUGCUUUACAGAAAUAGGGCACUUGAAACAUCCUUAAAAACAUGGGAGGAAAAGCAACGCAAUACACUCAAUGCAAUAUCUCAGUCAGCAUCUACUUUGAGCAAUACACAAUUGCAAUCACAAACUAGGUCUCUACAAUCACAUAAGCCAUCAUAUUUAAAUGAUGAUGAAAUGUAUAUUCUUUUGGGAUUUAUCGAAGUAGUUACAACUUUAGUUAAAUGGGUCAAACUUCUCAUUAUAUCACAUCCAAGUUUGGAACCAGAUUUGUAUCAAGUUGCAGCACGAACAGCACAAGCUCUUGAACAAGUUCAUCCAGAUGGAAAAAUUUUGCAAGGAAUUAAUUUAAGACCAGUAGUAACAGAGUUGGUGUCAAGUGCAAGACAACUUUAUGAAGACUCAUGCGAAUUACUCAGAGAUAAAGCACAGAGUCUAAAAUUACGGGAAGACUUAGAAAAUAAACUAUCAUUUUCUUUGGCCAGUAUGGAACAGGAAUUAAAGAAAUUUACGUUUGAUGAAGGAGGUACAGGAUUAGUAUAUUUACAAAACUUACCAUCAGAUGAGCAGGGAGAUAGAAAGAAUCGUCAUAGAGGUUUGUUCUGGUUAAAGUUUCGACGUUCAGGGGUUAAUUCUGGAGCACAUACUAUUCGAGAUCAAGUUACUACAUGGGGUGUACAAGAAGUGUGUUCCUGGUUGGAGAAUUUACAGUUGGGUGAAUAUACUGAUAAAUUUGUUUCUCACGAUAUACGAGGUAGGGAAUUAUUAUCAUUAGCCCGUAGAGAUCUCAAGGAACUUGGUAUUACUAAAGUAGGACAUGUUAAACGAAUCUUACAAGCUAUCAAUGAUCUAAAUAAUUAAGUAUAUAAUAAUAAUAAUUUAAACAUUUAAAAGUAUAAAAUAUACAAUCAAUAAAAUAAUAUGUUAUGCCAGUUAAUAAUCAUCUGGAUGCUGUAUAAUGUAGGUUUUGAAUUACAUAGAUUGUUUAAGAAGUAAGAUAAGGAUUGAAUCCUUAUAAUUAAAAAUUUUACGUAACAGUAAUAUGUAUUACAAGUAUAACACAAAUAUUCUAAUAAAAAGGGCACUUAGUGUGACACAGCAGUGUUAUAAGAAAAUUAUUUUCUGCACUGCUGUAUAUGAAUGAAUGCACUGCUGUAAAUAAUAUUACUUGUGCCAAACUGUUGAACUGGUUUUAUGUCAAAAGACAAAUGUUUAUAUAGGAAUUAUAAGGAAAACAUUUUAUCUUUAAAAAAAUACAAAUAUGUUAUAGUCAUGUCUAAUAAGAUAUAUUUUAAUGCAAUUCCUAUUACAAAAUAUUAUUAGACAUGAGCAUAGCAUUAAUAAUGCAUUUAUUAAACAAAAGAUUUAAACAGUAUAAAAAUUCAUUAGACUAUAAUUUAAGUUAUAUUUGUUCCUUUGUAUAAUGUACAAAAAAAAUUGAAAACUUUGAUAAUCACAUAUUGAUGUAAAUUAUAAGUUUGAAGAUAUGUAUCAUAUCAUUGUUUGUUGUUUUUUAUAUUUGAUACACGUUACAACUUAGGAUUUCAGCUAAGUUUGCUUACAACAGUAUUAAUACAUUUGAAAACUACAUUCUAAAUUUAGAUAUGGAAUAAGUAUUGUCAAUUAUAUAAAUAAUUUACAUAUGUAUAUUCAAUUUACAAUUUAUAUUAUUUUAUUCUGAGUUUAGUUUCCUGUGCAAAAAAGUAGAAUGUGUAUGUAUAUAUAUACAACUAUGUUUAAGGAGAAACUAUAUUUAUUACAAUAUGUAUUGAAUGACCUUCUAAAUUCAUAAUCUUUGAAAUGAAAUCGGUGACAGGAACUAAUAUAAUUUAAUAUUUUCAUAUAGCACAUAAAAAGCAUUUCUUAUCUUAUUUGAUGCUGUAAUUAAACCAUACAUUUUAAGCAAUAUUUACAAAACUAUUGAGAGAUGUGAAAUUUCUGUAAUAAAAUAGCUUGGCAAAUACAAUUUUCGUUAUAUAUAUAUAUUAUUUUACAUACUAAUUUAAUGAACAUGGUAAACUACAUAUAUUAAAUUGUAAGAUAAAGCAUAUUACAUAUUAAAUUUAAUGAACAUGGAAAACUAAAUAUAUUAAAUUGUAAGAUGAAGCAAAGAUAAAAGAUAUUAUUAUGAAAAAUUAUGCUAAUAAUUCAAUUACAAUACUUUAAUAAAAAUUACGAUAUCCGUUAAAAAAUUAUUUUUUACAGUUAAUACACAUAUAUAUAUACUGAUAUAAAAAAAUAAUUUUUCAUAUAUUAUAUAUAAUGUAUUUAUUACAAUAUUCUUAGAAUUGUUUAUAUUUGUAUAAAAUUAAAAAAUUUUUCUAUUGCGUAGCUUAUAAAAUAUUUCAUUUUUUAAAUUCUUAAGUAUUAAAAGAUAAAAGGCAGUUCACAAAUAAUGACUGAUGAGUAUAUGACAUAAGUUAUGUAUUGAAAAAAAUAAAUAACAAACUACUGUAUGUGCUAUGUGUACAUAAACUGUGAAAAAUAAUAUAAAAUUUAUACAGUACUGUGAAUCAUAAAUCUUACAACAAUUACAUAUUUAUUUUUGCAUUAUGAUUAUACCAAUUACAAUUUAAUAGUUUAAAACAAUGUCUUUGUAUUUAUAUUAUGUACAGUUAAAAUUAUAUGUGCUGUAAAUUUUUAUCUAUUGAUAAAUUAUAUAAUAUUAUAUAUAGUAUAUAUACAUACACAUAUGCAUAAUCAAACAAAAUAUUAUACGUGUAUACAAAAAUAACACACUGUGUACAUAAAGUGCUCUGCAAUUUUUUUUAUCACAUUUAAAUUUCUAACUAAAUUAAAAGAUAUUUAAGAAAGCAUCUUUAACAUAAUGCAACAUGAUUAAAUGAAAGUGAUAUUUCAUUUCUAUGAUCAUAUUAUAACAGUCUUGAAAUAAACAAUGAUUAGGAUGAUGAUGAUAAUACUGGUAAUGACAAAGAAAAAUGUAUGUCACCUGCCAAUGGCAAUAAAAAUAUCAUGUACAAAUUUAUUAAGAAACUGAGAAAACAAGUUUUUUAAAUGUAUCAUAAUUUCAAUGUUGUUAUGUUAAAACAAGGCUGCUGUAACAAAGAAAUAAAAGAAUUUGUUUAACACGCGAUUGACAAUUAAACCUUACAGAUAUAUAAGAUUCACUUAAAUAUUAUAUUUAUUAAAUAGGGAUUAACUCGAUUUGAAAUAAUUUCUUAUACAUAAGCUUGCGAAACUAAUAAUAUUGUAGUUACUAUUGAUAUUGAUUGCCGCUAUUACUAUUACUAAUAAUUUUAAAUUUACAAAAGCAAAAAACAAACAAUUGCUAUCUUUCGGAACUGCCCCUGGCUGAAUUGUUCAGACAUUUAAUAUCUCCUUAUUACAUUAUCUUUGGUCAUAUUCUUCAUUCUUGUAAAUAAGAGUAAUGAAACUUCAAGUUAUAUUAAUCAGGUAUUAAUUCCUGGUCUCGAAUUUAUUCAUUUUAUAAUUCACGACAGAUACACAAUACAUUGAUAUCCAAUUCUCAUCCAUAUUAAUGUAGAGCCGUAUUAUGUAUUUAUGUGUGUGCGUGCCUGUUGAAUGUCUUUUACACGCAUGUAUUUGUUUAUAUAAUUUCAGCAUUUAUUAUAUUAUUAUAUUC